GUAAAACGAAAGUGAAAGUGUCCUUUCAACCGUGAACAACUCAGCGCGAUCGGCAAGGGGAUUUCUGCUAAUGUAUAACCAUGGGUUUAAUCUUAAAGAUCCUUAUUUACUUGUACCUUUGUGCAGGUGUCCUGUCCAUCCAUGAGAUGCCAUGGCUGCCCUGUCAGUUCACUGAUGAGAAUGUGUUUGUGAAUAAAGAGGGUCACACCGAGACUCAGCUCAUCCAGCGAGAGGCUAUGGUGCAGUUUGGUCAAAAAGGAGACGCUCCGAUUAACCCACAUGCUAUCACUUUCCUGAUCACAGGAUCUAAGUUGGACCUGCGGCGAUAUGUGGAGGAGGUGGAGGCAGAGCAGUUGGAGUGUGAGCUGCGUAGAUACAGUACAAUGGGCAUCUAUGUCCGCUGGCCUGUCCAGGGGGCUCAGAACUACAACGAGUGGUUCAGCUGCACCAUAAAACACAGCAAGCGCCUGUUCACCGUCACUGGCUUCCUCAGACACCCAUCUGACCAACCACCGCCAGGAGAGCAGGACUACCGCAGUUGGCGUGCCAUCGGGGAUCGAGAGAUACUCACAACAACAGUUGCUAUGGUCAUUAAAACAUUAACUCCAUCAGUGAAAGCGGGCCUGAGCUCCCAGCAGAAGCUUCAUUGCCAGUUUGCUCUUGACCACAAGGGACCAAAUGUCACUGUGGACUGGCACUGGCAACAUCGUGGGGAGAGAACAAGACUCUUCAGCCAUACCAGCCGCUCAGGACAAACCCAUGGGACUGGGGUUGGGCUGAAGAGCCUUGCAGGCGGGGAUGCUUCCUACACCCUCCCCUUCACCAAGAUGAGCAGUGAAGGGACGUACGUUUGUUCAGUGUCAGUGAAUCCACUGCUCGCCAGUUUGGACAUGCAACUGCAUAUUGAAGAACCUCCUCGUGUCUCUAUCAACAUUGGACCCAAACUCUCUCUGCAGGAGGGUGAGGACCAGAAGGUUGUUUGUGAUGCAGAGAGCUAUUUCCCUCUGGACGUGGAGAUAGUUUGGUAUGUUCAAGACCCGGCAGUGUCGGGCCAGAGGGUCGGCGCUCCUCUCCCCAAGGUGCUCCCAAACGUUCUGCUGUCCAGCCACAAACACAACCAGGACAAGACCUACUCUGUGUCGGCCUUCUUCUACCUCCAGGCUUCGCUCAGGGACUCAGGGAGACAGUUUAUUUGCAGUGUUUCCCACCAGUCGCUGAGAGUGCCCAUCAAGAAGAGCUUCAUUCUGACUGUUGAAGAGCCAAGCAGCUGGCUUUUUAACCUCACUGUUGGUGUCGUUGUGGUCACACUGCUGGCCAUCCUGUAUGUGAUGCUGCAGUACCUGCACUCAGCAAAAAAGAAAUCAGUGCAGAAAAAACCAUACUGAGACCCUUGGUGGACCGAGCACAUCAUGAGCAGCAGUGAAGACAGACAGGCUGUCUCCCUCACUCAUUCAUUUUUAUUUCAGAGUGUCUUAGAUGUUUGAUUUUUGCUUGUUUUAAUAGGUGAGUUUGGGUUUCUGUGAAACUGAAUGGGGUUUUUGACAAGUGGCUUUGAUUUUGCUUUGAUUUUUGUUCAUUUUAAAAACAUGAUGUUGAAGUAAAUCUUGGGUCAUGGGUGAAGAGCAGUGCACUCAUUACUACACAGGUGAGACUUUUCAGUUUAAAUGUACCUUAUGGAGUUUUUGACACGAAGUAGUAGAAGAACUGUGGAGCGAUGUUUUUACAAGUGGGUCCCGGUUUUGUUUGUUUCAUGCAUGUGUGCGAUGAUACACAUGCAGACACAUGCAAGCACUCAGACAACAUGGCACAUUCCUGCUGGCACAUCAUUUUUCCAGUGAUCUACAGGUGCUGGUUAAUGUGUGAUGAUGCCAAGCAAUACUGCAACAACGGUGAUGAAGAAGAGUACUAGCAAGCAAACAUGGAUGUAAACAAUGCACUAUUUAAAAUAUUGUUUAAAUCAGGUUAUGAUUUUUUCUUAUGAGAACAUAAAUACACUCAGCAUGUUUGUCAGACCUCAGAGGACACACACUGUGUGUUUUGCUGAGAAACACUGAGCGUAACUUUGUUUAUUUCCAAGAAACCUCCACAGAGCACCUUUGAUGAAACAAAAGCGGUGUAGAUCUCAAAUGAAAACCUGCUGUUUUACUGUUGCAUAAUGUGAUAGAGCAGUAACCCUGACCUGUAUAAAUAUAAUACACCUAUCAGGUACAGUAAAAAUGACUAUAAAUUUAUAUUGAAAUUGUUUAAAUAGUUACAGACCACGUGCUGUGACAGAUUACAUUGAUCUGAAAAAUUGUGCUGUUAUCAAGUGGUUUUAAAAUUAUUUUUGGCAACGUGACUGAAUAAAGUGUUCUUGGAGUUGGAAAAAUGAUUGUCUGAAA